AUGAUGGUAGGGACUGGAAGUGAGAGCAAAAUGCCAUCAAAGGAGCCGCUAGAGGAUCCUGGCAUAAAGAUCUACUCCUUCAAUAUCGAGAAGCUGAACGAGGAAAACGCUCGAUACUGGUUCUAUGCAAUGGAGAGUCAGUUAAAGGUCCAAUUUGCAUGGCAGGCGAUUGAUUACUACUACGAAGUAGGAAAGGAGACAUAUAACCAAAUACGGAAAGACAAUUUGAAAUGGACGAAGGUAGAUAUGAAGGCGGACAUGAUUAUUCAACAAGGCCUUACUCCCACUAUUGUCCUGGAGAUCAAGGACCUGCCAAAUGCCGGCGCGAAAUGGGACUACCUGAAAGAGGCGUACCUGAAAUCAUCAAAUGCGAUGAAGGCCAUGCAGUUGAUGAAAAUGGCCAAUUGGUAUCAAGGUUCCAAUGUGAAUGCCAAAGACGCCUACCGCGAAAUCGAACAACUAGGACGCGAAUUAAUCGACAUGAACGGCAGCAAAAAGAUCGAUAUUGAUGAAUUGGUUGUGAUUUGGUAUCUCCGUGGCCUGCGGGAAGAGUAUGCAAUGCUCAAAGGGACUGUGAUGAGCUCAGAUGUUAACCUGAACAAGAGCUAUGUGCUCAAACGAGCAAUAGAUUUUGACCAGUUACGAGGCGGACCAACUGAGAAGGCAUCAAGGAUUCAAAAGAAAGGCACAAAGUGCUUUGCUUGCGGGAAAACUGGACAUCGAGCAAGGAAUUGUCUGAGCAAGCGUGAUGAUCAUGAUGCUAGCGCUGAUGAAAGCAAGCGCCAAGGUGGCCGAGAUGGCCGGAACAAGAAGCCCAAUCGAUUCUCCAAGCAGAAAGGGAAGUCUGCAAAGGAAGGAGGUAGCAUGGCUGGCAACAACAAUGAUGAUGAUGAUAAUGAUGAUGGCGGAUACAUGAGCGAGUAUGGUACUCGUGCCAUUGAGGUGGCAGACAUAAGUGAGGAAACUGCUAUGCAUGCAGCUGAAUGUGCUGUUGAAUAUACUGCUGAAGAUGCAGGUAGCUGCGUUGGAGAUGGCCAUGUGGAUGAAGAUAGUGACGUGCAAGAUGGCUUCACAUGUGAAGAAGCCCAAUUCCCUGAAGAGCAUGAUGCUUGUGCAACAGAGGAUGUGCAAGCUAGCCCCAUCACUGAAUAUAAGAUUGAGUGGGCCAAAUACAUCAUAGAAGGAGCACACCGAGUUAGAAUGGAUCCAUCAAGAUGGUGCUUUGACAGUGGGGCUACAAGUAUGUGCUCUGGCAAUCGAAGCAUUUUUGAGUACCUUGAUGAGACUAGCCGAGGUCAUUUGAUUAUUGCUAGUGGUACUGAGAUGCCCAUCAAGGGACGAGGGAUCGUUCGAUUCAACCUGCCAAACGGCAUGUCAGCCAGGUUAGGUAGGGUGGUGUAUGUGCCAGGCCUAGCAGAGAACCUACUGUCAUUAGAGGUUCUACAUAUGGCUGGCUUUCAAUCAAUUGGCUCUAGAAAGGGGUAUGUGCUCAAGAAGGAUGGGAAAGUGGUAGCCCAAGGAAAACGAGAUGGACGGACCACAUACUUGCAUUCAGUCAGGCACGUCAAUGCACUAUUUAUUGGCCCAAAAGCAGCGAAAAGACAGCAAUACGCCCGAAUGGCCCUAUCUGCCGAUGAGCAAACGCGAAUGAAACAGGAGCUCAUUCAUCGACGCCUUGGUCAUGCAGGAAGAAGCCGAUUUAACACCUGUGUUGAAUAUAUGGAGCUAGAUGAGCUGAAACUGGGGAAACAAGACCAGUUGCUCCAUGAUAACUGUGAGGUGUGUGCGAAGGCCAAGAAGGUGAAGAAGCAAAGCCAUGCGCCAAUUCCUAGAGCUAGAAAGCCGCUUGAACGAGUGUACAUGGAUUUUUGGGGUCCAAAUCGCGAAGGAAUAGGGCAGGAAAGGUAUUACCUGUCAUUGAUUGAUGAUUGCACGCGAUAUUCAUGGAUCUUCAUCAAGAUGGACCGAAGGGCUGAAAGUGUAAUGCACACACUGGAUAGUUGGCUGCGCCAGGUUGAAAGGCAGUCAGGGAAAGUGCUAUUGGUCAUCCGUACUGAUAAUGCUGCUGAGUUUGUGGCAUUGAGACCAUGGGCAGAAGAGAAAGGCAUUGAACUGGAAUUUAUUGAGGCUGAAACACCAGCACAGAAUGGUGUGGCGGAACGAUACAACCGUGUUAUUAUGGAUAUAGCGCGCGCCUUGUUGAUUGACUCUGGUAUUAGCAAGCGUUAUUGGAAGUAUGCUGCUGUCACGGCAAAUUACCUGAGAAACCGGACAUUAUUGGUGAAGAGGAAAGAAGAUGGCCAUGAGAAAGUUGACAAAGAUGAGAAAACACCAUAUGAGCUAUGGCAUGGGCAUAGGCCUGACUUGGCCCAUCUUCGUGCUUGGGGUUGCCGAGUGCUCUUUUAUCAUAAACCAGAGAGCAAGUUGGAAAGCAGAGCAAUGGAGGGCACAUUCCUGAUGUAUGGGAAGAGCAACAAGCAGUAUUUAGUAUUGCCUAGAGGUGGUAGUGAACUGAAGCUGGUCACUAACCCCGAGUUUCGAGAGCGGGAAAAUGGCAAUUUGAGCGAACUGUCAGCUGGUCAAGUUGACAUACAAAGCCUGCUGACCAGUACUGUUCUACCUGUUGGACCACCUACCGAAGCGCCUGCUCAAGCAUCCAUUGGAAUGACUUCUAAGAGGCCUACUGAAGAGCCUGCUGGAGCAGGAUUGCCAGUCAAUGAGCCCUUCCACACCAACGAACCGACAAUUAAUUCAAUGCCAGAAUUGCUGAAUAUGCGACUGAAUAAAGAGGAUGGAGAGAAGGAAAGGAAUUCCUCUUCAUCAACUGGGGGCACAACAGAUAAGCCGUUGAAACUGUCUGAAGUUCAGCCUGAAGGGGAGGUGGAGCAGAGAGCUCCUGUGGAACAUACAAACAAUGAAGUGCUUGAGAAAGAACCCCGAGAGCAGGCUGAUGAAACACCAAAGGAUAUGCCUAGGCCUGAACCGGUUCCUGAAGACGGACGCCACCGGUCUGAGCUUGAAAUGGAACGGCGGUCUGCUCGCGUACGUCAACCAUCAGAGAGAAUGAUGGAGAGCCGCCAGACAGAGCAAAUGUAUGGCCGCAAGCGCAAAGCUGAAGGGGAGGACACUGGGAAUAGUGAUCGUCCAGCUCAGCGCAUGCGGGCCCAUUUUGCUAGGCUAGCAGUAGCUGCAGAGCUAUUGCAGACUGAUAGAGAAUAUGAGGUUGCAGAGAAAGCAUGUGCUGCACGUGAGAAAGCUGGAAUCCGUAUACCGAAGUCGUAUAGCGAAGCCGUUAAUGAUCCAAUAUAUGGCUCGAAAUGGAAGGAAGCGAUUCACAAAGAGUUGAGCACUUUAAUAAGCUUUGGCACAUGGGAGCUAAUUCCCCGGAAGGAAGCCGAAGGCACGAUUUCAUCAACCAGAUGGGUGUUCGAUGUGAAGCUAGGCCCGGAUGGCCGAAUUGACCGCUUCAAAGCCAGGCUGGUUGCCAGGGGAAAUGAGCAAUCAGAUGACGAUUUCAACGAGACGUUUGCACCAGUAUUUCGAAUAGAUAGCCUACGAAUCUUGUUGGCUAUAGCAGCCCAGCUAGGCUUAUUGGCACAUGUGCUUGAUGCUAAUAAUGCAUUCGCUGGUUCCGACCUCGACAAGCCUAAUUGUAUGGAAAUCCCGGAAGGACUGCAGGACUUUGAUCCAGAUGUUACUAGCACGAGAGGCCUAGUUUUGGAGCUGAAGAAGUCGCUGUAUGGCCUCCGCCAGUCUGCUAAUCUAUGGCAUCGAAAGAUUAGUGAUUUCCUGAAGAAGAUAGGCUUUAAACCGAUUACUGCAGACCCCAGUGUGUUCAUCAAUGGUAGGGGCCUGAUUAUCGCUGUGUAUGUGGAUGACAUAGUGAUAUUUGGCAAGGAUGCCAAUGACAUCGACGUGGUGAAGCAGAAGCUCAAGGAGUUCCAUCCAAUGACUGAUUCAGGAUUGGUCAAGAAGCUGUUGGGUAUUCGCUUCACAUGGGGAAGAGACAGGUCUAUUCAACUGGACCAGCAGUCCUAUGCACAACAAAUUCUUGAUGAAUUUGGCAUGGCUGAUUGCAAGCCUGUGAGCACACCCAUUGGCCCGAGCAUUAAAUUGGAAGCGCCGGAUAGCUCACUGCUUGGACGAGCUGAGCAUAAGCUAUUUCGGAGACUAAUUGGGCGGUUGAUUUUCUUGGUGAUAGCCACACGGCCGGACAUCGCUUUUGCAGUCAAUCAACUGUCUCAAUACCUCGCGGAGCCAAGGAAGGUCCAUUUGGCAGCGGCCAAGCAUGUGCUUCGAUAUGUGAAAGGCACCAUGGGCUAUGGCCUAACGUUUGGUGCAAAGGGGAGUCCAAAAGGGUUAUAUGCAUAUGCUGAUUCCGCGUACGCUAAUUCAGCAAAGAACCGGUCGACUACUGGUUUCAUUUUCUUUAUUAAUGGCACGCCAAUCACCUGGUCGAGCAGAAAGCAAUCGGUUACUGCACAGAGCUCGACGGAAGCUGAAUAUAUGGCCGUAUCGGAGGCAGCCAAACAAGCGGUUUGGAUUAGACAUUUCCUAUAUGCAAUAGGAAAGGGAUCCAUUUAUCGUGACGCUCCGACUACCAUUUAUGAGGACAACCAGGGCGCCAUAAAGAUUGCUGACAACCCAAUCAAUCACCCAAAGACGAAGCAUAUAGCCGUACGAUACCAUGCCAUCCGGGACCACAUAGGUAAUGGGGAGAUCUGCCUUGAGCACCUCUCUACCGACAAGAUGAUUGCCGAUGGCUUGACGAAGGUUACCAACCAUGCUAGUCAAGGACGGUUGGUUGAAGACCUGGGGCUCGCUUAA